CAUUCGGUGCCACCUGUAAUAUUGUAUCUUCGUAAUAGUUACUUGAAGGAACUGCAUGCAAGUGAAAGAUAGCUGCUAUCACCUUCCCAACAUUAGCUUCACCAGCGUUAUGCAAGGUUCUUGUAACAUAAGUAGUAGCGAAUUUAUGUACAUUAUCCAGUAUUGGUCUAAUGAGAGCGUUGCAGACGCAGGCAUUUUAUAUAAAUACUAAUACAAAUGUCGUGAGAGUCAAGCAGUGUACUGUAUAUUGUAAGUUAGUUUGUAACGAACCGUGUAUGAUGCUCGAGUAGCUGGUAUCACGCAGCUGGCUAGUUAACCUACUCUUGACGGCUGGCUAACGUUAAUCAGGGCUGCUCAACCUAAAUUCAUGUAUGUUGUUGAAUCGCCCUUCAAUAUGCACUAACGCCAAUAGUACUGCCAGCAGUGGUAGCUGUGACAUUUGACGUUAAUGCAAGUUUAGGAUGCCCAGUUCAUCUUGGUGGAUGCAAUGGGCCCCAAAAUCGAAAAGCUAGCCUUCAGCAAAAGCUCGAGGUAAGUUCUAUCAUUGAAUGAAAAUGUUUUCGGUUUUGAGGUUGGUGUGUGCUUUGAACGGAAUGCCUCUUGACAAUGAUUAAAUGGCCACAUGAGUGCAAUGUAAAAGCCUUUCCAGUGAGAAUGCAUAGCACAUGCGAAACGACUGUCACGUGUUUUGGCUGUCAAAACGGCAUGUAAAUGAGCAUUGUGUCUGAAUACCUUUCGGUUUGAUGGAUAGACAGCUACAAGCCACUUCAUAACCCAGAAACCGGCUGAUUCCUGCGCCACGGUGACUGACGUUACAAUAAUCAUCACGAUUGAACAAGCAUUUUGAAGGCAAAUGUGUAUUUCCAUUUAGAACCAAAAUAGACGAUGCGUUUUCAACCAACCAUAUUCCUGGAGAAAAGCACAUGUGCCUCCCACUCCUGCAUGUAACCAAUCAGUUUUGCAAACAGUUGUGGGGGUUCCGGUUUCAGCAAAAUUAGACAACCUAAACGCACGCUGCCUCUACUGGGUGUUGGGUGAGAGAUUUUAACAAACGUGAACCCGUGAAGCCACAGUUUGUCAACAGGUUGCACUUAGAGCUCCGAUAUCAACAGUCAUGCCAGCUUCCAGCGAUGAGAGGAAGGUAUUUCUCCAGAAUGCCCUGUUUGGGAUGGGGAACCCUUUGCUGGACAUCUCUGCAGUAGUGGACAAGGACUUCUUGGACAAGUAUGGUCUGAAGCCUAACGACCAGAUACUGGCAGAAGACAAGCACAAACAACUGUUCGAUGAGAUCGCCAAGAAGAGCAAAGUGGAGUACCACGCCGGAGGCUCCACUCAGAAUUCCGUUAAAAUUGCCCAGUGGAUGAUCCAGGAGCCUCAUAAAGUCGGCACGUUCUUCGGCUGCAUUGGUAUGGACCGAUUCGGCGAGAUCCUCAAGCAGAAGGCGGAGGAGGCCCACGUGGACGCGCACUACUACGAGCAGAGCCAGGAGCCCACCGGGACGUGUGCUGCAUGCAUCACAGGGGAGAACAGGUCCCUGGUUGCUAAUCUGGCAGCGGCGAACUGCUACAGCAAAGAGAAGCACCUGGACCUGGACGCUAACUGGGGCCUGGUGGAGAAGGCCCGAGUCUACUACAUCGCUGGCUUUUUCCUGACUGUGUCGCCAGAGUCCAUUCUGAAGGUGGCCAAGCACGCUUCGGAGAACAACAAGAUCUUCAGCCUGAACCUGUCGGCGCCCUUCAUCAGCCAGUUCUUCAAGGAGCCACUCAUGAAGGUCAUGCCCUACGUGGACAUUGUGUUCGGCAAUGAAACGGAGGCAGCCACGUUUGCCCAAGAGCAAGGCUUUGAGGUGAGUUGACCGACAAUUGUGCCCUCAACAGAUCCUUAAAAAAAGGUUUGUGUGUGCAUGUGUGUUUUUGUAUUUUUUUUUAUUCUUUCUCUUUUUUUCUGCUUAUAAUGAAGUUCUUUUUUGGACAGUGAUUGAUGUGCUAUUAUACUCUCCGGGCCUUGCAGCAGUUGCCAUGGCAACCUGGCAGUCGUCAUGGUUUCUUUGUUCAGCCGGCACUCUCUCGCGCCCGCUCGCUCUCUCUCUCUCCCUCUCUCUUCCCCCUCUCUCUCACUUUCUCCUUCACCCUCCCUCUCUUUAUCUCCCUCCCGCUCGAUCACU